CAAUCCGUUCCCCCCGGUUAUUCUAUUCCCACCCCCGCGCCUCCUCACCUCCCUCAUCGUCGCGCUCACGCACGCUCCCACUCCACCGCCACAGCACCCGUUCCCCCGCGCGCGUCGCUGUCGCUCGUCACCGGCGCCUUCGCUUCCCCCGCACGGAAGCAAGCGGGCAGCGGCUGCCCCGCGCGCGCUAUAAGGCGAAGGCGCACCCCGCGGCCAUGGCGCCCGCCCCGGCAUCGCUCUCGGCCCCCCGCGCCCUCUCCCUGCUCGCGCCCGCCGCCAGAGUCUCCCCCGGGAGGUGGAACGGCCUGUCGUUCUCCGUCGCGGCCCGGCCCGUGACCGGGGUGGUGUCUGCCGCGCAGACGCGGCUGGUCGCGGCGGCGGCGGCGACGGAGAUGGCUCCCGCGGCGAGCGGGGAGGAAGGGGGGAAGCCGUUCGUGGAGGAGAUGCGGGCGGUCGCCAUGAAGCUGCACACCAAGGACCAGGCGCGGGAGGGGGAGAAGGAGCCGCAGGCGCCGCCCGUCGCCAAGUGGGAGCCGUCCGUCCAGGGCUACCUCCGCUUCCUCGUCGACAGCAGGCUCGUCUUCCAGACGCUCGAGGACAUCGUCGACCGCGCCGCCGUCCCGUGGUAUGCUGAGUUCCGGAAUACUGGAUUGGAGAGAUCGGAGGCACUCAAGAAGGAUCUGGAGUGGUUCAAGGAACAGGGCCACACAAUUCCAGAACCAUCAGAUCCUGGCACUACAUAUGCUUCCCUUCUGGAAGAGCUGUCUGAGAAGGACCCCCAGGCAUUUAUCUGCCAUUUCUAUAAUGUGUACUUUGCUCAUACUGCUGGAGGCCGAAUGAUUGGAAAAAAGGUUUCCGAGAAGAUUCUGAACAAGAAGGAGCUGGAGUUCUACAAGUGGGAGGGCAAUCUCUCCCAGCUGCUACAGGAGGUCCGCAACAAGCUCAACCAAGUUGCAUCCAGCUGGUCUCGGGAGGAGAAGGACCACUGCCUGGAGGAGACGGAGAAGUCCUUUGCCUACUCUGGGGCGCUCCUCCGCCACAUAUUCACCUGAUUUUCACAUUGCCCUCUGAUCCAAUCACAAACGCUGUAAAUACUGUUAAGACUCUGUUACUGGGGAGGAGGUGGGUGGGGGAUCUCCUCCACCAGGUACGAUUUACCUUCAGACGAAAUGCCAAAGUGUUAAAUAAACCACAGCCCCAUUCUCCCA